UGUCUGUUUACGGUUCGAAGCUUGUUCGUUCAUACGAUAUCAGCCAUAGGAAUUUCAAUCGUAAAUGUCGGCCUGGACAUACAAAAGCGAUAGCUAUCAAUUUCGACGACGUUUUUGGGUAAAAUCUAUCUGUAAUCUGUCUUUUUAUUACCAACAGAGCUUGAACCAAAGAUUUUUUUUUGUUGAAACCAUUGCUUUUGUUUUCUUACUACUAGAAGUUUAAAGGGCAGUUUUUAGCAUUUCAGGAAACUCUUCCAUUCUGGCCAUGAUUUUCGGUAACCAUAUCAGUAUUACUGCAGUAUGACCCAAGCAGGUGGAAUAGUUGAGCCUUAAAAUGCAGCUAACACAUUAUUACCGUCGUUAAAGCUUGUUUUGUUGACGAAGAUAAGCCUGCGGACCUGAACGAAAACUUUAAUAUCGACAGAUCCAAAGGUCAGGUAAACUGAAUCCUUCAGCCAAUCCGCUCAUAUUCAGAUAACGUAUAGUUAUUUUCAAAAUGAUCCUGGAUAGAAGGCUGGCGCACAGGACAGCGCUGUUGCAAAACUUACCCUACAAAUGCAUUCUAUCUCAAUUGAAAGCGGCACCUUCGACGACUUACCAUCAACGAACCAACAAAAAACACGUGAUCUACACAAAUAAGUUAGGACGACGUUACCUGUGACGAGUUUCCGAGAUGACUUCCUGCUGCUGUUUCUUUCUACAAACAGCAGUACCGUCGAAACAAGUAGCCAUCAACAUCCUUACCACCGACGCGCUCAUUAUCAUUAGAAUAUCCACUUCAGCUACGUCCGAAUUUAAAAAAGGUAUCAUGCGUUUGUAGUGCUGUCCUUAGCGGUGCAGCCCACGCCAUCAAUAUAUAUUCAAAUUGUUCAAUUCGAAGAUUUCUUUUGCUCUGCAUUGCUACGGACCAAUUAACUAGUUAGGUACGCUACACAUGUGUUGUUCUAAACAUAUGAUGACAAAAUCACGGAGGUCGAGCAAUGCUGGUGCUUAGCCGCGUUGGAACACUUGGCCGGUGAAACUAGCACAUCUUCUAAAUGGCAUUCCUGCUGCUUUGGCUUAUUGUGCUGGUCCUAUGUACGCCAAAAUGAACGGAUUCUAAACACACAUAAAGGCGUAAGUUCGAUCGAUUCAAGAACAACAAAUUGUGUAGUAGGCGACAUAAAACUGCUGUGUUUCAGUAUGUGUGACGAAACAGCGCCUGGGUCAUCGCAGAUGGCGACAUCGAUCGUCGACGUCUUUCCAUUAUCGUCAGAUCAAACUAGUCGGUUGAACACGUUUGCUAGUCUAGCCGAAACAGUUGAAAAUCAAGUAGAGGAAAAGAGGAGCUUCGGUGAGAAGUCUGCCGAUGCACCGGUCGAGCUGGUCAACUGUGAGUGGGAUCAUUUGUCUCUGUACUAUCCGGUGGCCGUUAUGGCAUACAGGAACAUCGAGCCUAUUCUUCAACGGGGGAACGCUCAGUGCGGGUUUGUAGCGACGGCAAUGGCGGCCUCAGCCGUAGGACGCAGACUGGACGUUCAGGGAAUGUUCACCUGGGCCUAUAAUCAGAGCCUAACAAAUAUUGGAGACCUGUUCGAUAUUCGAAACUUGAAAAUGCUCUGCGAUAGGUACAUUGGUUUACCUUCGCACGUAAUGGAGUUUCCUACGAAGGAAGCCAUGAUCGCCGAUCUCUUCCAAGGGAAGGUGUUUUUGGUACCGUACGAUGCCUCGUAUGAGACUGGGGUACCGACUACGUUCAACGGCUACAAGGCGCAUUGGGCUUUACUCUUUGGUGUAUUGUUGAUGCGGCAGCCGUGUGAACCUUGUAUGAGUGGACUAGACCGAUUAUCAGUCUAUAAGCCAAUCUUCCGCGGAAAUCUUGAAUUUUACGAAGCGCACAUGAACAGCGGAGCGGAGUAUGUAUUGGCGCAGCAUGGGUGGUUUAACGAACCGGACCUGUGGUCGGUGGAGGAACUACGUGAAAGCUGCUGCCAGUUAAAUGAAGUAGAUCCGAAAAGUGCACCAGAAUAUGUUCUACCCCACGGUGGAAUUAGGGAGGGCCUCAGAGGAAAGGUGUUACGAUUAGAUUUGUGAUUUCAUUAAAGGAUGACUACCAGUGAAUACAAGCUGCGUUUCGCGAAAGUUUUAUGUCUGAUUGAAAGCGACGCUAUUGGCAUGGUCAUGAGAAGUUAUCUUUAGUGACAAAAGUUAACUAAUGUAUAUAGUUCUAUGAUUACAAAUUGACUUUUUUUAUGUGAAUGUGUUUUAAUUAACGGAAAGUAAGGCAGAUAUCAAAUGCAUCUGCUUUGGUUGAUUAUACAAGCAUGUUUAGUUUGAGUAGACAACUGCGUAAAAUGUUAUUGUAUUUACUCGGCCCUGGUAUUAUUUGUGAACUGCUUUUUUUCGUAUAUCGUGGUGAAUUGUACAUUCAGCAUCUAUAUUUAAUAUAUCUGAAUGUCCGCUCUGGAAUGGAUACUCAAACCAGCUCUUGAUAGAAAAUGUAUACACAAGGGGUGAUGAAUAAAGUCCGUACAUCGUUUUCAUGCGUUGUCUUUUCUCUAAUGACGUAAAUCUUAAAAAGAUGUUAGCAAACUGUAGGUAAUAGGUUUUGCCACAAUUUUGUCGAGCUGGUCUUUGGUGGACUACCAUAGGAAAAUUGUAGUCUGACCAAUUUUCGAAGGUUACUCGUAUGAUUUGUACCAAUAUGACCCUCAUUAUCCGCCUCCAUGUAGGAGGUUGGAUUAUCAAGGCGCCCCACUCCUAAAAAUCUCUAGAAUUCACUAGGUCUCGUUAGAGUUACUAGAGAGGAGAAGAAUUAGAGGACUCCAAGGUAAACAGUCUCCACUUUCUGUCAUAAUUAUUAAGUGCCCCUUAACCGGCGAGAAUAUAACGCGGAUUAUUGUGGGUCACAAAGACUCUACUCUUAUUGCCUCUAUUCAAGGUCCACUAAAGAACUGUAUAUUUUGGUCAAAUUAAUGUAUUUUAUCUUACAAUUUAGAUUCAAUAUCAAAUUGUCGACGCAGCUAUAACUACAAAGCAAAUUGCUGAAUAACUCGAGUUCUGAAUAAUAAUUUGAAAAAUAAAUUAAUUUUCCUUAUUUUUCUCUGUUCUUGCUGACAUAUUUUCUAACUUAUUUUUCCUUUUAUAAAGUGAAUAAACCGUAGCCUGAAAAAUAGUAUUCAUACCCAGCGUACUUCUAGUGUAUGCAGAA